AUCAGGACUUGGAAGGACGUUAAUAUGAAAAUAAUCAGCUUCUGCACGUGAUUGCUAUACUUUUGACCAAACAUGAAUUUUUGUGUGAGGUUUUGGUAAGAUUCCACUCUGCAACUAGCGCUCUGUUUUGCCACUUUCAAAAAUGGUCAUUACUGUCGACGAUGCCCGUUCCCAGAGCGGAACUCGCCUGGACGGGGCCGAGGACUUUUUCAAACCGCGAAGCCUCGAAUGGUUCCAACAGCGCAACACUACGUCCGUGCUGUUCCAGCGUCGGCACCACGCACUUGUGAAUACCGACCAAAAAUGCCUUACCGAUACAGCUGUAGUUGAGGAACAGGAACUUCUUCCACAUCCAGUUGCUGACGGAUCACCAUCAACGCUAGUACAGCAUCAGAAUGCGCCACGCUCUGCUGACUGCGCGGCCGCGCUGCAUCGCUCUCUUGCAGAGACGAUGCGACAAAACAGCGACGCGGGUGUUUUGGAAUCCGCUCUGCGAAUGGACGGCAACAUCUGGUGGAAAAUGGGCGUUGACUUCAUUCCGCCGUUCGAAACACCUGCGGCCAAAGUGGAAGCUGAGGGCAAGAAGUUUUCGGCACCGAAAGCAGUAGCUGCACAUAUUGCUGAACAACAGAAAUUGCCCGGAGGAGAGGACAACCAGCAAAGCAAUUUGGAAGCUGCCAAAAAUGUCUCGAGUUCUAGCUCUGCAGCGAGAACCAGAAACGAAACAAAAGCGAAGAGCGCAAGUGCAACAAAACCUCUGAUCCACAACAGUAAAAGCAGAUUAACGACCACGAAACUGCGGCGCACCGGGUUCGCGGCGCUGCAGCACAGUUUCGAAACGGUGUUUUCCUUUCGAAAUUUGCGACACCUACUGCACAUUCCCUGGCAGGCGCAGGAAGAAAGUUUUUCGAAAAUUCUGUACCAAGCUUCCCUGCCGCACACACCACAAGGCGCAAAGAGCGGCAUCAGCGGAAAAGUUGUACAACCACACCAAUUUCCCCGACCUGUAGAGGAAAUCGAUCGCGGGAGCAUAUCGACGCAAGGAACAAACUCUGGUGGUGUUUCAGGAGGAAGUACUAAAGCUGCAACGCCGACAAACAGCAACAAGCCAAGGAAGUCUAGUCGCUACAGCAUGGCGCUACAGCACGAACUCGAGGAGUUCGACAGGGAGCAGCGACUGCACUUCCAGGAAAACAACCACCAGGACCCUUCCUUUUACAGACAAGGAACCGUCGCGGCAGGAGCCCCCGGAGCAGCCGGCGACAACAUGCUGCUUCCCCACGCCCCCAGGUCCAUUGGUGACGGAGGUCCGACGAAACUUAAAUCUUCUUCUUCACUACGCGAACUGGUGACGUUCUCGCAGGAACACCAGCGCUCCGUGCGCGUUCAGCGCCUCGAACGAUUUGGUGGCCGGAUGCGUGCAUUACACACGGAUUUCUCGAACCUGUUCCCGAAACGCGAUGUUGGCAUCAACUUGUACUACAGUCCCGCGCCGCCACCGUACCUCGAAAUCGAGUCCAAGGCUGACUUGAGUGCCAUGAUGACAACAGCAGGUAAUAAAGCAGGUCCAUCUCGUGAUCCCGUAGGUGGAGGAGGAAAGACAACAUUGGACCCUCACGCGGACGACAUGGACGAGUUCGUAGUGCAGGUGUUUGGCUACAAAAAGUGGCGGUUCCUCGACACCAACGAAACUCUGAUCCUCGGCCCGGGAGACGGCCUCUUCGUGCCCAAAAACACGUGGCACCACACGCAAACGCUGCCCGGCGUGCCCUCCGCGCACAUCGCAAUCGGGGUCAGUUCGCACGGGAAAGGGAACGCGCACGGCCACGACCUACCACCCCCGCUCUACAUGGGCGCACCGCCCGAACAAAAGUCCUUUUUGGAAGUGCUGCAGGAGGAACACUGGACUCUGGUAUGGUUGGUUUUUUCGCGGCCGUCUGGGGUCGUCAGGAUAAUUUACGCAUAAAUAUGUAGUUGUAGUCGGACUGGGGCCGGCCGCUAAAAUUGCGCUUUCAUUGUUGAUCACUUUGUGGUUGUCGGCUGGUACAAAAACUAUACGUAUAGUUUGUUCGCACUUCGAUCCACUUGACUUCUUAUUCUCGCAAUAAAACAAUAAAACAGAUCACGCUCUUUGCGGCCUAUGCCGUGCAGGCACUGCUCUUGAUCGGGUUAGCGCUGGUUUGUAUUGGCUAUUGGGUCAAGAUCGACCCCGACCAAGGAGGCCGCGGUAGCACUGUGCGGUCGCGCCGCUUGGUUCGCCGCCGGCAAGAGCAGUUGUCCAAGGAAUCUGCGACAACCAGUAAGCAGAGCGCAGGCACGGGGGAGGACUCCGAUGCGGAUGAGAUUCUGGAGGAUCUGGACGUUGUGAAUGCAGGGGAGGUCGACCGAGAUGUCGAAAAUGAGCGGGCGUCUGCCUCAAUGUCCAGCACUACUGGAUUUAUUCCUGCAGGUUCUGAGGAAGCAGACUACAGCGAGUUUGCUUCGACGGUGAAUCGGGUAGAGCAAACUCGGGGAGAAGUGGAGGUCCUCCUUCCAGAAGUAGAGGAAAGCUCGGCGCUACGGAUGCCCACGACCGCGGAGGAGGAGAUCGGUAAUUGCAAGAAAAAGACUAGAUGGUGUAAUGCAGUUCGAGUUGUGGUUAAUAUGGUUUACAGUUCGAGAAUGAAAAAGAAAAAUGCUAUGUAUAAGUUCCUUUUUCAUGUCGAUGUCGUGCUCGUCCGUCUGAAAUUGCAAGAAAUGCAAAUGCUUGUGUCAACUUCAACAGCAACCCUUGCGGCGCUGAACAAUCGAGUCCGAAUUCUAAGCGAGCGCCUUGCGGCGGAAGUCGGUGACGAUUCCCUGUCGCAAACGUCCCUCCGGAAAACCACGUUGAAACAACAGUACCGCGAACUCGAAACGGCGUUGGCGGAAGCAGAAGCGCAAGAGCAGCGACUCAACGGCCUCCGAAGGCGGGCGGGAUUUGCGUGAGCAAAGGACAGGCGAAAAGAACCACAGUGUGUGGAAGGGAAAAGAUACAACUAGAAAAGCUCACUUUUUUUGGGCCAAUCAUCAUAAUGUACGAUAGCAGAUCUAAUUUGGACCGAGAAAGGAGAAGGACAGCCUCAGAUGUUGGAGUUUUUGCGAGGUCGCCUGCAUAGAAAGAUGCGUUCCAUCUACAACUAUCGUGUCGCCUCUAAAAGUUUUGCCGAAGUAAGAGCGAUCUGUAUGACGACCAUUAUGCUUUUUCAGGUGCAGUUCUAUCUUCUAUUGUCUGCGCUCUUUCGCGAUCUUGUGAAGAUUUUUUGCAGCCUGUCUUUUUUUGCAAAAGGAAGCUAAGCGGUAUUUGAAUAAGUGCCAUUACCUAGAACUCUGAACAGAAGGUGCACUAAACUCUGGUGCUUUCGGAAAUCAAAGUUGCAACUGCGACUUGUAGCAGAACAAAAUCCAUUGAAAUUCCAAUGCAUUCAGUUGCCACUAAAUCCAUAGAAAAUGAUACCUCUCAGGCGUUUCUUGUUCCUUUUCAAAGCUGUUAAGAGUAAACCGAAAUACAAUUAGAAGAUAAGAAGAAAGCCCACCCAGCACAGUUUGAAAUUCUGAUGAUCAGAAACUAGAGCAAGCAGCAGCAUCAUGCUUGAAGAGGGUUCGGGUAGUUCUACAGGAAGGUCCGUCGUAGUAGAGUACCGCUGGCGAUCUUAACAAGGUCCUCCUCACCUCGCGACUGCUUCAAGGGUCCUCGUCCGAAACUGCCACACGACACCAAGGCGCUUUUACAACAUUUUUGAAGAUCAUGCCUAGAUCUCGUCACGAG